AUGCCCGCGCCCAACCCCUUCGACACCGACGUGCUCGAUAUCACAAAUCACGUGGAGAGUGGCGUGCCAGUAGAUCACGCCAAGGCCUGCAGGCAACUGAAUGGCACAAGGAGCCCUUUGAGGCAAAUCAGCAACAAGAUAGCAGCCCGAAGACCCAAAGGAGUCAAGGAUCCCGUUCCCAUCCCUAUGGAAAUGGACCUGUGCCAAGCAUUCUCUGAGAUGAUGCAACGCAACGUAGAAGAUGUUGAUGCAGACAACAGGGAGGACCCCCAGCUGUGCAGUGACUACGUGAAGGACAUCUAUCGCUACCUGAGGCAGCUUGAGGUGCAGCAGUGCGUGUUUCCCUUCUACCUCGAAGGCACAGAGCUCAAUGGGUGCAUGCGGGCCAUUCUGGUGGACUGGCUGGUGGAGGUGCAUGCGAGGUUCCAGCUGCUGCAGGAGACCCUCUACAUGUGCGUCACCAUCAUGGAUCGCUUCUUGCAAGCCCGGCCUGUCCUCCGUAAGGAAUUCCAGUUGGUCGGCGUCACGGCGAUGCUCCUGGCUGCGAAAUACGAAGAGAUCUAUGCCCCGAGUAUUUUGGACUUUGUCUACAUAACUGACAGAGCAUACCAGGCCGCUCAGAUCCAUGCGAUGGAGCAGAACAUCCUUAAAGAGCUUAACUUUGUCCUGGGCCGGCCACUGCCACUCCAUUUCCUGAGGAGAGCAGCCAAAAUUUCUGACCCGUCUGCUGAAUCGUACCUGCUAGCAAAAUACCUGAUGGAAUUGACCCUGCUGGAUUACGAGAUGGUCCAUUAUAAUCCUUCGGAGAUUGCUGCUGCGGCUCUCUGCCUGUCUCUGAAGGUCUUGUCACAAGGCCAGUGGAACCUCAAGCUGCGCUAUUACACGGGGUACGAAGAGGAGAGUCUGAGCCCUGUCAUGGAGCACAUCACCAAGAACGUUGUGAGAGUCAACAAGAACCUAACGAGACAAGUUGUAAGUAUCCGCCCCCGCACCCAUCUACUGUGCCCCACAACAGGAAGGAAAGACCUAGGCAAUCCCGCCUUUGGGGAUAGUGCGAGACUUCGAAGGAGGGGAACUUGA